AUGGAAAUGGGAACUUCUAUGAAAAUAAGUGCAGAACGUUCAACUAAGUAUAGGGCAUAUAGUUUUGCCAUAAAGGAACUAUUUUUUCCACUACCUAAUGCCCGGUUAGAGAGCUAUUCUAAAGCAGGUGUCCAAUGGCUGUGGAAUCAUUGUGUACUUUUUUCAUUCGCUUAUAACCAUGCGAUUAAUCAUUCAUUCGCGGUGGCACGAGCAACAGAGAAAGCAUCGGAAGCAGCUUCUAAGAGGCGAAACCGGCAAAAUCAAGCGAUACUGAGUCAUCUGUCAAAUCAAGAUACGACCGCGACCUGUGUACAAUAUAUGAAAACAAAGUAUCAAAGGCUGAUGGAUAAAAUGCAAUCGUUGGUUUUCAAGUUCUUGAUUUGUUGCUUGAGAAUGGCAGUUUUGCUGACAAACGAUUUCUUCCAUUCAAGGGACAACAAAUUAAAACUGGUAGAUUCGUUGAACUUUAAACCGAUUUUUCUUGGGUGCGUUGGCGAUGUGCCUGAGCUACGGAACAAAAGCCUUGUUAAUCUUGAUUGCAGUUUUGGCAGUGGAACCCACAGUACUCGUUCCCACAAUAGUGAUUGA